AUGCUCCAGGCUAGGAGAUCUCAAAAUAGCAAGUCCCUGCGGCCACUCAGCAUGUCUCAGCAGCACUCGGACAGCUCCUUGGAGGAGAAGCUCCUGGAAUACCGCUUCCACUCAGAGCUGCAGCUCGACACCGAGGGAAACCCAGCGUCCGGGCUCCCGAUGGUCCGGGGCUCCCUGCAAAGCAGGAGCAAUGCCGCCUUCCAGCCCGACACCCCAGUGCCCCCGUCGCCGUCCCCUGAGGCCCAGGAGCUCAGGACCAUCGUCCUGAGCACACAGAGCCCGGCAGCCCUCAAGAUGGGCACUCAGCAGCUGAUCCCCCGGAGCCUGGCUGUGUCCAGCAAGGCUAAGACCCCGGCCCGCCAUCAGAGCUUUGGGGCGGCCGUGCUCAGCAAAGAGGCUGCCCGGCGGGACCCCCGGCUCCUCCCGGCCCCCAGCUUCUCCCUGGACGACAUGGACGUGGACACGGGUCCCGGGGGGAUGCUGAAACGAAAUCUGAGGAACCAAUCCUACCGGGCAGCCAUGAAGGGCCUGGGGACCCCUGGCGGCGAGUACGGCCCUGUCCAGCUCAGCCCCAAGAUCCAGGCUCUGGCCGAGGAGGAGCCCAGCCAGCCUCCUGCUCGGUCCACGGCCAAAAAUAAGAAGACGCUGGGGCGGAAACGCGCACACAAGGGCUCCUUCAAGGACGAUCCCCGGUUCUACCAGGAGAUCCGGGAGCGAGGCCUGAACACCAUCCACGAGUCCGACGAUGACUUACUCGAUGAGUCCUCCAGCCCUGAGGGAACCCAAAAGGUGGAUGCCCACAUCGUGGUCAAGAGCUACCGGCCCCCCCAGGUCACCUGGAGCCAGCUCCCAGAGGUGGUGGAGUCGGGCAUCCUGGACACGCUGCCCGCCGAGGAGCACGAGAGGCAGGAGGCCAUCUUCGAGAUCCUCACGUCCGAGUUCUCGUACCAGCACAGCCUCGGCAUCCUGGUGGCCGAGUUCCUGCAGUCCCGGGAGCUGCGGGCGACCAUGACCCAGACAGAGCACCACCACCUGUUCUCCAACAUCACGGACGUGCUGAGCGCCAGCCGGAGGUUCUUCGCGGACCUGGAGCAGCGGCACAGGGCGCAGGUGUGCGUGGAGGACGUCAGUGACAUCCUGGAGGAGCACGCCGAGCGGCGCUUCCACCCCUACGUCUCCUACUGCUCCAACGAGGUCUACCAGCAACGCGCCCUGCAGCGGCUGACAAGCGGCAGCGCUGCCUUCCGAGAGGCCCUGAGGGAGAUCGAGCAACGGCCCGCGUGCGGGGGCCUGCCCAUGAUCUCCUUCCUGAUCCUGCCCAUGCAGAGGGUGACCCGGCUGCCCCUGCUGACGGACACACUCUGCCUCAAGACUCAGGGCCACCCGGAGAGAUACAAGGCCGCCAGCCGUGCGCUCAAGGCCAUCAGCAAGCUGGUGAGGCAGUGUAACGAGGGGGCCCACCGGAUGGAGCGCAUGGAGCAGAUGUACACGCUGCACACACAGCUGGACUUCAGUAAGGUCAAGUCCCUCCCACUGAUCUCUGCUUCCCGCUGGCUGCUGAAGCGCGGGGAGCUCUUCGUGGUGGAAGAAACCGGCCUUUUCCGAAAACUCUCCAGCCGGCCGACAUGCUACCUGUUCCUGUUCAACGACGUCCUCGUGGUCACCAAGAAGAAGAGUGAGGACAGCUUCGUGGUCCAGGACUACGCCCAGCUGGACCACAUCCAGGUCCAGAAGAUGGAGCCCUCGGAGGCCUCUCUGCCAGGGGGCAGCAACCGCAGCUCCUUCGUGCCGCACACCUUCCAGCUGACCCUGCUGCACAACAGUGAGGGCCGCCAGGAGAAGAUCCUGCUAUCCUCCGACUCAGCGAGUGACCGCGCGCGGUGGAUCACAGCACUCACGCGCUGGGAGAGGCAGCAGCAAGGCCCCACUAACAAAGGAGACCUGCUCCAGGUGGAGAUCACCAAGGCCUACUUGGCCAAGCAGGCGGACGAGAUCACACUGCAGCAGGCAGAUGUGGUCCUGGUCCUGGAGCAAGAGGACGGAUGGUUCUACGGCGAGAGGCUGCGGGAUGGAGAGACGGGCUGGUUCCCUGAGGACUUAGCCCGGAGCAUCACCAGCCGCGUGGCCGUGGAGGGCAACAUGCGCAGGAUGGAGCGGCUGCGGGUGGAGACGGACGUGUAGCCGGAUCUGCUGGCACCUCACCAGGCCAGGCUGCGGCCGUGCAGCUUUGGUCCACACUCCAGCAAGUAGAGUCCAUCCCCAGGGAGCGCAGUGGGCUUGCCCCCAGGGCCUGAAAGCUCCCUGGCCUCCCAAGGCCCCAUAGGCUGCAGCGUAGGCUCCGGACACUUCCAAGGAGGAAGGCCAUACGCUCUCAGGGGAGCAUCCUCCUGGCAAGCUCAGGAGCCAUGCCAGCCCUCACCCCAGGCUGUGUCCAUCCCUGGGAGGAGCCCAGCCAGGCCUGUUUGCUGGCCACGCCCUCCCCCAGCUCCUGGCUGCCCCGCCCUGCUCCCUGUGCACCCACAGGGGAGUUAUGCCCUGGGCGUGUGAUGGAGGCGGAUGGCCCUGAGAAGAGCGUGGAUGACCUGGGGGGCUCGCCCUCCUGCACCCCUCCUGCCCCAGCCUUGAGUACCCAGGGCUGCCCCAUGUUCCCAGAGGAGGGCCAGCUGCCGGCAGGUGACCCUGCAGUGCCAGCACUGGAAUUGUGACUUUGAGACAUUAAAGUAUUUCUUUAACA